CUGCGAACAGCAUACCUGCUAGCAACAUAUGAGGGGUUUCCUAUUCAGCACUUAAUAAAAGGAUGCAAGUUUGGUCAUGACCCACUCGCAACCGUAGUUAGCAUGGCAGCACCGUCUUUAGCGCAAAGCGGCUGGCUCACUGGAGAGACCCUUAGCAUCCUUUUACUUUUUAGUUAUAAUUCGGAAAGCUUUGUCUAAAAUUCUGGUACCCAUUUUUCUUAGGUAUUACACCUCUGACUCGGUUGGAAACAUUAUUCAAGGUUCAGCUCUUCUUUCUUAAAGAUGCCAGGCAGAUUCUGCGGUUUGAAAUCCGCACUGGGGAACAGAUAAGACGGAGUUAACCUGGGCAACUUGGCACUGCUGCUGCUGCCGCUGCUGCUGCUUCUGCUGCUGGGGGCUGACGUCACCGUGCAGGAGGGGCCGCAGCAGCAGCAGCACCGCGGCCAUCUUUUGCCCCGCGUUCCAGCCUACAACUCGCCCGCAGCGGCACGGCAGGACGGCUUUCGUGUUUCCCCGGACUCAGGCGUCAAGCAGGCUGCAACAUCUUGGCAUGCGGGAGUUACUAAUAACUGCAAGCAGCGCAGCAUAAGUGAUCUAAUGAGUUAUAACAAUGACGAAUGAAGGAUCAUUUACUAACUCUGGCUGCAUUAACGAAUUUACAUUUGCCCAGGAUGUUGGGAUUUAGGGCGUCCGAAGCGCCUGAAGUUUACUGAUUUGGCACAGACACUGUCAAGAAUUGUAUUAAUGAUGAAACUACUGUAGUGUGCUGGGACCACACUUGUAUCAGCAUCCUAAUCUUCUCAACACCAAUGUUAGAACAUACUCAAUUACUAUGAUAUGACACAUUUUUUGAAGCAAGCUUGGAUUGUGGAAAGGCAGGUGGCACAUAAGCCAGGAGGAUUUGUGUAUAGAAAACACGUUGUCAGCAUCCUGGCCCCAGAAUACUAUAGAUACAAUGGACAGUAACCACCUGGAAUCCCAUCUUACUUUUCUUGGUCUUAUGUUUUUCUUGUUGUGGAGAGAAAGAAACUUCAAAUGACCGAGAUUUGUUGUUGUACUGCAGUAUCUCUGAAACCGAAAGUCAAGGACGAUACUAAACUACAGCAUACACAGCUCAGCCGAGAUGAAACAUCAAACUCUUAUAGGGAUCCUUCUUCAUUUCAUCUUUGUCCAGUUUCACACUUGCAAGGACUGAAUAACAGAGGAGUGAAGUAAAUCAAUCAAAAACCCGCAGUGAUGCAGUGCCUGGAGAUGACAACCAAGAGAAAAAUUAUUAGCCGACUGGUGCCAUGUCGAUGUUUCCGAGGUGAAGAAGAAGUCAUUUCUGUGUUAGAUUACUCCCAUUGUAGCCUACAGCAGGUACCUAAGGAGGUCUUCAACUAUGAAAGGACACUGGAGGAACUCUACUUGGAUGCUAAUCAGAUUGAAGAGUUGCCAAAACAAUUAUUCAACUGUCAAGCUCUCCGGAAACUGAGUAUACCAGAUAAUGAUCUUUCCAACCUGCCGACAUCCAUCGCUAGUUUAGUUAACCUCAGGGAACUUGACAUCAGUAAAAAUGGCGUUCAAGAAUUUCCUGAAAGCAUAAAAUGCUGCAAAUGUUUAACAGUCAUCGAGGCCAGUGUCAACCCUGUUUCCAAGCUCCCAGAUGGCUUCACUCAGCUUCUAAAUCUGGUCCAGCUUUACUUGAAUGAUGCCUUUUUGGAGUUUCUUCCUGCUAACUUUGGGAGGCUUACCAAAUUGCGUAUCUUGGAGCUGAGGGAAAACCAUUUGAAAACAUUACCAAAGUCAAUGCACAAGUUGGUUCAGCUUGAAAGACUCGACUUAGGCAACAAUGAUUUCACAGAACUGCCUGAGGUCUUAGAACAGAUACAAAACCUGAAAGAAGUAUGGUUGGACAACAACUCACUCCAGACUUUACCUGGGUCAAUAGGCAAGCUGAAGCACUUAAUAUACCUGGACAUUUCGAAGAACAGGAUAGAAUCUAUUGAUAUGGAUAUUUCUGGAUGUGAAUCUCUAGAAGACCUCUUGCUGUCAUCCAACAUGUUACAACAGCUGCCAGAUUCAAUAGGUGAGACUGCACAGUUCUAUAUAAAGAAAUGAACAUUAUACAAGUAUAUGUCAUACUGAAUCAGCCAUUAUUUCACCUUCCUACAUAUUUGCAGUGAUCUUACCAAAACUACGAAUUUAUGUUUUUGUAGAUUGCUCAGUGUUGUAGAUUGUUCUGUUGAAUAUUAUUAUUGUAAAAAAUACUGGCUCCAUUUGAACAGUUUCAUUUUCUAGUGAUAAUCUUUGACUUUUAUUUAUUUUACUAAUGUACACAGUACUCUGGUAUCGUACAUACCUUUACCUAUUUAUUUUUUGUUGGAACGAUAGUCCAAUAAUGCCUGUGGCUUGUUUUCAGAGGAGUUCAAAAGUAGAGUUUAGUCUGACUAUGGGUAAGUUGCCCAGGACAGUAGAUGAAAUCCUGUGCUAUAUUAACUUCAGUAAAAGCUGAAAAUAGUAUCAUGUCUUUUAUGUAAAAUUAUAUCUUUGUUAAAAAUAAUAGCUGCAUUAUAAGAGAACUAGGCCGACUGAAUCACUUAUUUCUGCACAGAAUUGAAACAUUUGAUGUCACAGUGCAGAAAUCACAGCAAUGUGUUUUGUGUUGUUUGAAAGGUCAUAAUAGUAUGGAAUCUGAAAACAAAAAUACAAAAUGAGGAUUUGUUCAAUAUGUCUUGCAGGGCUGUAGUGGCAUAUAGGAGCCAGAAAAAGAAAAUGUUACCGAAAUUGUAAAAUGAUACAACAGAAAAGUGGAAAUAUAGAUAGCAGAAUGGACAUUGAUUUUUUAUUGUAAAAAACAAAAUAUUCUUGAUAGAACUUUGGCCAGAAUAAAGCUGAGGAAUUUUUAAAGUAUUACUGUUAACAAAAUAUGAUAACAGGUUCAGAUGAAUCAAUGAAUAUGGAAUGUUUUAGUUUAGUAGAUCAAACUGUUGUAAAAAUAUAAAUGAUGCAUUAAAUUAAAUCUC